AUUAACAUGAAAAUGGUGGUCAUAUUUUAUUUGUUGCUGAUGCUCAGAGUGGGACGAUGCACAGACGAUCACGUCUUUGAAAUGACAACUGUUGAAGUUGGAGAUGAUGUGACUUUGAAUUGUCCUCGCCAGACAUCUAUCAACCAAGAAACUUUGUUUUGGAUCAGGCUUGUUACUGGAAAAACACCUGAAUUCUUGGGAGGAACAUACACCUUUGAUUAUGAAGGUGUUAACAAGACUCCUCACAUUACAGCAAAACAAGAGCCUGGAUCAUUUAUUCUGCAUAUUCAUGAGACAAAGCUGAGUGAUACUGGACUUUACUACUGUUUAAAAGUAAAUCUACUGGACAUGACAUUUUCCAAAUCAGCACUUCUGAGAGUUAAAGGACCAGAACCUGAUAUCACUGCUGUCACUCAAGAUCCAUCUGAUCCAGUCCGUCCAGGAGACUCAGUGACUCUGCAGUGUUCAGUCCUCUCUGACUCUGAGAAGAAAACAUGUCCAGAAGAACACAGAGUUUAUUGGUUCAGAGCCGCAUCAGAUGAAUCUCAUCCAAGUUUGAUUUACAGUGAUGGAUGUGAGAAGAGUCCCGAAGCUCACUCUCCACAGAAAUGUAUCUACAGCUUCUCUAAGAACGCCAGCUCCUCUGAUGCCGGGACUUAUUACUGUGCUGUGGCCACAUGUGGAGAGAUAUUUUUUGGAAAUGGAGCAAAACUGGACGUUGAAGGUAAGUGCAGAAUAUUUCCAUAUUAAUCUUUAAUAAUCAUUAAUUUUGAAUUCAGUAG